AUGGCUGCCACUCCCCUUUGCCACCCAUCCAACGAUCCAAAAACCCCCAACAAACCCUCAAACAACCCCAUUUCAGAUUUCAAAGUAAGAGUCAUAGUUAGGGUUAGACCCUUUCUUCCUCACGAAUUCACGUCAAACAGCAACCGAGUUUCUUGUGUUUCACUUUUGGAUCAAGAUUCUCAAUCUCAAGAAGUUGCGGUUUAUCUCAAAGACCUCUACACCAGUCGGAAUGAGUGUUACCAGUUGGACGCAUUCUUUGAUCAAGAAGACGACAAUGUUGUUCAGAUUUUCGAAGGAGAAGUAAGCCCCAUGAUGCCUCAUAUCUUCAAUGGAGGCAAUGCAACUGUGUUUGCUUAUGGGGCUACUGGAAGUGGGAAGACAUACACUAUGCAGGGAACUGAGGAACAUCCUGGCUUGAUACCGCUAGCAAUGUCAAAUAUCAUUUAUAUUUGUCUAAACACGGGAAGCACAGCACAUCUAUCAUACUAUGAAGUCUACAUGGACCGAUGUUACGACCUCUUAGAGUUAAAAGCAACUGAGAUUUCAGUUUUGGAUGACCAAGAUGGUCAAAUUCAUCUUAGGGGACUGUCUCAAGUUCCUGUACACACAAUGUCUGAAUUUCUAGAUGUUUUUGCCAGUGGUGUUCAGAGGCGCAAAGUUGCACAUACAGGCCUCAAUGAUGUAUCCAGUAGGAGUCAUGGAGUGCUUGUGAUAUCUGUAGUGUCUCCUCCGGAUGAGACAGGAAGAUCUGUAUGUGGAAAGCUGAAUCUCAUCGACUUGGCAGGUAAUGAAGAUAACAGAAGAAGCUGCAAUGAAGGGAUGCGUCUUCAAGAGAGCGCUAAGAUAAAUCAGUCCUUGUUUGCACUCUCGAACGUGAUAUAUGCGUUGAACAACAACCAACCAAGAAUACCCUAUAGAGAAAGCAAAUUGACCCGUAUAUUACAAGGCUCUCUAGGCGGAACGAGUCGUGCGCUGAUGGUUGCUUGCCUGAAUCCAGGAGAAUACCAAGAAUCUGUUAAUACUGUUGGUUUGGCUGCUCGAUCAAGGCAUGUCUCUAAUUUUGUACCUUCACAUAAACUUGAGACGCCAAAAGCUAAUGUUGACAUGGAAGCCAAAUUGAGAUCUUGGCUAGAAUCAAAAGGCAAGGCAAAGACCUCACAGCAAAGACUUAGGUCAUUUAAAUCUCCAAUUCUGAAAAGAACUCCGAGUUCCGUCAUGACCUCUGCUAAGAAAUCAGUUACUUUCUGUACUUCAGUGAAGUUGGAUAGAACUUCCAUCAACCGAGAUGCUCAAAAUACUACUGAAAGCAGGACCUUUGCUGAUUCUUUUAGAAGUUUGAUAGAUGAGGAAGCUGCUUUUGAUUCUUUCGAGGACAAUGGUAGGAAAGAGAUUGAGCAUGAGGUCAAUAAGGCUGCGUGGGAGACACAUCCAGAUCUGCCCGUUGAGCCAUUAAGCAAAGGGGUGAACUCGCAAAUUACGAAUGUGAGUAAAGAUGCUGUACCUCAAAGUCCAUUAAGAGAAGCCCUCACCAAUGGUACUUUGACACAAACGCCUUUUUCUGCAACCUGCUCUAUUAACAAUGGAUUGCAGCAAAAUGGAACUCCACUUGACAAAUUCAGUGCGCGAAGUUCUGCAAUAAAGACCUGUCUAGUUCAAGAAUACAUUGAUUUGUUAAAUAAUGCAAGCAGAGAGGAACUACUAGAGCUAAAGGGCAUAGGAGAGAAAAGGGCAGAAUACAUAAUAGAACUCAGAGAAGAAAGUCCACUAAAAUCGUUAAGUGACUUGGAGAAGAUUGGUCUCUCUUUGAAGCAGGCUAAGAACCUGUUCACUAAAUCUGCAGAAAAGCUCUUUGAAUAA